CAAUACCUAAAUUGUAGCGCCAUCUACAGGUAACUUUGCGUACUGCAUUUAAUAAGGCAAUAAGCAAAAAUUAGCGUGGCUGUGCGCUGUUCUUGCUACCAGUCGGCGCGAAAUAUCUAUUUCUAAACAGCUUGAAGUUUAUUUAGACUAUGGCAUUUCUGCGGCAUGCUGUAAUGACAAAUUUCGCAAGUGUCUCUUGUUCUGACAUGGCUACUUUGUGCGGUUUGCCGCGUAAUUCUCACUGCUCUCACUGCUGCGUCGGUUCAUGUUUGAUUGCCUGUUGUUUGCAAGUGCCACGGGUACUGUGUAUGUCAAUUUGCUUGCGAUGCCACGCCGCCUAGUUAGUGUGCCCCACCUUGGUACGGCAUGGACAUUUAUCCUUGCGGAUGGCAACCUCGACGCGCUCAGCGAAGCAAUUUGCGUGUGCCCGGUUCUCGGCGGCGAAGUCGACCUGACGUCGAGCUCGUUUCAGGCAAGUGCACGUGUUCGCUUGUUUCAUGUUGUGCUUUACCGCUUUCAGAUACUGGACAAGACGUUCGAUGAGUAUGUGGAUCUCUCUCCUGAGGACACUAUCCCAGACUUAUCGAAAGUUUUACUGCGCCCACAAGUGAACAGUGAGCAGGAGUGUGCGUCAACAUCGACUGAGCAUAUUGCGGCGAGCAGUAUGGUGGCCAGUGUCAGCGAAGAUCAUAAAAAUGGCCUUGGAAUCUCCUUCGAUCUUGACUUUGCAAGACUAACUAAAAUUGACCCUUCACCUUGUAUUGCAAAAGGGAUCAACAAAAUUGUGAAAAUGGCAGAAAUGAAACGCAUCCUUUGCGAACCAAGUGUAUUGGUAUCACUUGAACAGGACCCGAGCGCUCCUGCAACCCCUUGCAUCGUAUUUUCUGGAGCAGACGUUGUAGAGGCUGACCUUCUCCACAUCAAGUUGGACCGCGAGAUGUUGUUUGCGGUGAAAAAUGGGGAGGAGGGGCUGGCGGCUGUCUUAUCUGCUUACUGGCUCUUCAACAUUCAGUACGACCGCAAGCUGUUCAACACUCUUGUCGUGUUGGAGCGCCUUUUCCUCGGGCUCACAAUAGGUGCCCCUAGAGUAGUGACUACAAAGUUCUUGAACAGUCACCAAAAGUGAGCCAUGCUGAAUGUGCUGUUGGCCGUCUUGGCCGUAACAAUAUUGAAGUGGUAACAAACUAUUGACAAGAAAGUGAUAACUUUUUAUAACAAAAAAAAUUUCAGUCUAGCCAACUUCCGCCGUGAAGCCAGGGGAGGCAGAUCAAGUAACCAAUGCAUUUCGGAAACAGAUUAAAUGCGAUAAUACCGGGAAAGAAUGAACCUUGCAGAUUUUUUCUAUAUCUUAAUGCGAUUUAUUAAUGCUGAUUGAAACGGAUCCCAAAUGACAUGGCAUACUCUAACGUCGGUCUAAUGUAAGUUAAGUAUGCAAGUACUUUGACGGGUGUGGUUGGUGGCUUUUUUUUUUCGGCGAAGGAAGCAUCACUUUUUUUUUUGCAGCUCCACAAAUUCUGUUUACGUGUGAUUUCCAACUUACGUCUUUCGAAAUUGUUAAACUUAGGUAUUUUAUCGUUUCGGCUUCAGUUAGAAUCGUUGAGUUCAUCUCAUAAUUACACUCAAUAACAUGCUUUCUUUUGUUUGUAACUCUGAGCAGGACUGAUUUAGAUUCAAUAAUUUUCAUUUUACUUCUUAUGGCCCAGACUUCUACAGCUUUAAGGGCUUGACUAAGUGACGCCUCGUCGUUUUGGUUAUUGAUUUCAGGAUAUAAUACACAGUCGUCUGCAAAUAAGAGGAUGGUUAUGUCGUCAUUUAUGUGAUGAGCAACAUCAUUUACUUAAGCUAGAAAAAAAGUGGUCCUAGAACGGAUCCCUGUGGAACGCCUGAGGUUAUGUUUAAUUGGUUAGAUAUAUUAGCAUUUAUAUCAGCGUAUUUUGUCCGAUCUGUAAGAUAUGAGCGGAUACACAUAACAACAUAAUUUAUAUUCAUUUCCAUCAGAUUUUUUAAAAUUCGUUAUGCACGACCAGAUCGAAAGCCUUCGAGUAAUCUAAAAAUAUAGCGUGACCUGCUUUCUAUUGUUCAGUUGUAUUGUUCUAUUUCUGUUGUUCAUAU